AACGAAAGCGGGGUAUAUAUCGGGGCAGUUUCAAGCAUCAAACACACAUCCUCUUCCUAGGACUUGCUGACAACAUGAAGGUUCUUGCUCUUGUCGCUGUGUUGGUGGGCGUGGCCGCCGCCCUUCCCGGCCUCCGUCUGCGUCGCGACUCGUCUCCUCUGCGCUUCGAGCUGCCCUCCAACGCCUCGCUGGUUCUGGGUGGAAUCAACACCGGCUUCGACUGCGCCGAACUCCCCUACGGUUACUACGCCGACUCCAGCAACGACUGCGCCCUGUUCCACGUGUGUCUGCCCUACAUCGACAACAACGUGUACAUCACCCGCCACUUCUCGUUCAUGUGCGGCGAGGGCACCAUGUUCGACCAGGAACGUCUCGUGUGUGACUACCCCGAGUUUGCCCUUCCCUGCUCCGAGGCUGUUAACUUCAUCAGGUCCAACGAGUACUUCGGCCGCUCCGACGUCAACUUCCUGGAGAAGUAAAGCCUCGGAUGAGGACGCAACAGUCGCUCUUCGAGUUUUCCUGCAAGACAUCAAAUAUUUCCAAUGUAUACAUCAAUGCCUUUCUGUU